AUGCCAGGAUUCCUUGCUCUGCUUGAUGCUGCAUUUGGUCUCCUUGCCGUGGUCAUCCUGAAGAAAUUCGUCUCCAGGAAAGCUGCGCCAUUACCUCCUGGUCCGCGCAAGCUACCACUGAUCGGCAAUCUCCUGGACAUUCCUGCAAAACAAGAAUGGUUUACCUUUGCGGAAUGGGGUAAAAAAUGGGGUGACAUUAUAUCUGUAUCUGUCUUAGGUCAACAAAUGAUCAUCCUCAACUCAGCUGAGGUGGCGAUAGAUAUGCUUGACAAGAAGAGUUCAGUAUACUCUGACAGACCAGUGAUGCAGAUGGGCGGCGAGCUAGUAGGAUGGAAGAACACCCUUGUUCUGAUCCCAUACGGCGAUCGCUUUCGUAACUAUCGCAGGCUCUUCCACCAGAGUAUAGGAACCCCCGCAUCCAUGUCCGAAUUUCAUGCGGUUGAAGAGAAGGAGACGCACCGCUUUCUGAAGAACGUCCUGGCGCAACCCGAGCAUCUGGCCGAUCAUGUGCGCAGAACCGCGGGAGCCAUUAUCCUGCGUAUUUCGCAUGGCUAUGAAAUCCAGGAGAACAAAGAUCCCUUUGUGACGCUGGCGGAUGAAGCUACGGAGCAGUUCUCGCUGUCAACUGCGCCGGGAGGAUUUCUCGUGAAUCUCAUACCUGCCCUCCGCCAUGUGCCUGGCUGGGUCCCCGGAGCUGGCUUCAAGAAGACAGCCGCAUCAUGGGCGAAGACUCUGGCAAUGAUGGCAGAUGGCCCUCACGAAUGGGUGAAAGAGCAAAUGAAACUCGGAACCGCUGAGGUCUCUUUCACAUCUCGGCUGCUAGGCGAAGAGUCAGAUCUAACGCCGGAACGCGAACACGACAUCAAGUGGUCCGCCGCUUCGUUGUACUCCGGUGGCGCUGAUACUACCGUAGCUGCCAUCUAUGCUUUUUUCCUCGCGAUGGUCCUUCAUCCAGACGUCAUGUUAAAAGCACAGGAAGAGAUCGACACGGUCGUUGGGUCAGACAGACUACCCACUUUCUCCGACCGCGACGCGCUACCGUAUACCAAUGCGGUCGUGCUAGAGGUCCUCAGGUGGCAUAGCGUGACUCCGACAGGUGUACCCCAUCGUGUCACUGAAGAUGAUAUCCACAACGGCUACCUAAUACCAAAGGGCGCAUUGAUCAUCCCGAACGUUUGGGGAAUGUCGCAUGACCACAAGGUCUACUCCGACCCCUUCAGUUUCAGGCCAGAAAGGUUUUUAGGUCCACAGCCGGAACAAAAACCAACAUAUAUGUGUUUCGGAUUUGGGAGAAGAAUAUGUCCGGGUCGCGUUCUCGCAGACGCUUCUCUCUUCAUCUCGUGUGCCAUGUCGCUGGCGGUGUUCGAGAUCACCAAGUUCGCAAAGGACGGACUUAUCUACACCCCAACCCCAGAACAAACGACAGGGACCAUAAGCCACCCCAAGCCCUUCAAGUGCACGAUCAGACCGAGGUCAGCGAAGGCUGAGCAACUGAUCACUUCGAGCGAGUCGUAG